ACUCGAGGGGGAGGGCAGCCUACAUCACAGUAAUCAGGCUACGAUAAAAUGAAUACUGCAGGCCUUAUUGUCAUCAGACCGAGAGUAUGUAUGUAUGUUUAAAUCCUGAGAAUACACUUUGGAUCAUUCAGAUUUUACUCUUUAGAGUAUAGCUUGUGUUAUUUGAUUUUUGCUUUAUCUUAAAUCACUUUAAUAUUUCUGUGUAACUUCUAUUUUUACUAAAACAAAUGCAAAUGCAAAUGCACGUCGUGCCAGUGAAUGAUGGGAGGACGGGGAGCAGCGGUGUGCAGAGUUCAGUCCGCGGGCUCGGCCUCUGGCACGUCUGCGCAUUGUUCCCCACGAUGCCGGAGGGAGAAAAAAAAAAAAGGGUCCAUUGUUGUUGUGAACUUUUUAAUCUGGGGACUUAGAGCACAUCACAUGCUCGCACCGGGCUCGACCGCUGCGACCAGUCGCCGAUGUUCGGGGAGGAAGCGGGUCAUCCUCUGAGGACCGACGGCCACUCUCCAUACGCGCCGCGACGCCUGCGCACUGUCGGGCAGUUCGGGAUCGGCGGGGACCAGCAGAGGGGAAGUUUUACUCUUUGGAUUAAAAAAAGAAAAGAGGAGAGAAGAGAAGGAAAGAAGCUGGCCGCUGGACGGUUUUGUGGACAACGAUGACGCACGAGUACAGCCAGCGGUCUCUCGUCGUGCUGUCCUUACUGGGGAUUCUAUCGGCCAUCAUGUCCGCCCUGUCGGCCACUCUGAUUUUCCAGCUCCAGUCGCGGCAGGCGUCGGUGAAGGAGCCCCCCGCCUCCACCGCGGCGGUGGUGCCGCCUCGUGUGUGGGCCGUGCUGCUGCCGGUGUCCACGGUGCUCUCCGCGCUGUCCCUCACUCUGAACCUGGGCUCCGUGGUGCUGUGCCUCCUCCACGGCUACUUGUCCACAGAGGUGUGCCGCGCAGGGCAGGACGCCGACAGAACUGACUGGUUUCUUUUGGAUAGCAGAGCUGUACGACAUGUGGCAAUUGGACUGUUCUGCCUGGGGGUCUCUGUCUACCUAGCAGCAAUGUCCAUCUUCAUGCUCCUGAUAUUUGAGGUGGAGACGGGCAUUGCCAGUGCUUGUGUCCUCUCUUCAGGGAUCCUGAUCCUGCUGGUCAUUGUAAUUCACUCUCUGGUCAAAGCUUCCCGCAGUGCUAAGCACUAUCACAGCAACCACCUUGACACCCUCUACCAGAACGACCAUGGGAGCAGCAACGCGCCUGCAUCUAGGUCCUGCGAGCUCAAAAUUGGCGUGGACAAGCCGCGCAUGCACCGCAGCCAGUCUCACCUGCAACAUCAGUUCUCCUACUCUCCGAGACAGCAAGAACAAUACCAGCAGCAGCAGUUCUCCCCUGCUGGAGGUUCACAAGGCCACGCCAGUGACAGAGAUGGCUACAGCAGCAGCGGGGGAAGCUGUCCCAGAAUGCACAGGACCCUGUCUACCGAAUCUGGUUUGUUGCAGGCCCAGACUAAACCCUGGAAUGGGGUCAACAACGAGAUGAGGAGUGUCCUUGCACGAAAGUCUGGGAUUUCUGCAAAAGACUCUACUCUUGUGUGACAUGAAGGAAGCUCAACUUCUGGCUAAAACCCCACGGACACUGAUGAUUUUCAUAUACAGUAUGUCAACAGAGGAGUGCUAACACAAGAGUCCUCUCAAACAGACGUAGAACCAUCCAUCUGUAUUAUCUCACACUUAUCAUGUUUAUCCUGACAUUUUUAUACAGACAACACUAGACUCAGAUUGAAAAACAUAUCCAAGAUUUCAGAUUUAUCUAUUGAUUUCUCCUGUUGGGAUUAUAAAGCAUUUUUAAUUUGUUAAAAACAUUGAAAUAUUGAGCAUAUUUUGUAUAAUUUGUGGUGUUUUGUAUCACUGAACUUGAUUUGAAUUCAUUGAAAUAGUGUAAAUACUUCAUUUCACUGUAUAUAGUAGCUUUUUGCCAAAUAUUUGUGCACAAUGUGCAGAUGUGUUUUGUUUUCGUGUUGUUCAAAAUUAUAUCAACCUUAAAUUCAAUCUGUAAAAUAUGAUUCAAUUUUAAAAGUAGAUUGAUUUUGGACACUUAAAUGAGACAUUAAAACAAUUUCACAAAAUCUGAAAA